AUGCCUACGAGUAUGUUGGUUCUGAGAUCGAUACUUCUGGUGGUGGCCCUGCUGCCUGUUCUCUUGGAAGGAGCGCGUAUCCUCGGCGUGUUUCCCAUACCCAGCCACUCGCAUUACUAUCACGCCCUACCUUAUCUAAAGAAAUUGGCAUCUUUGGGCCAUGAGAUUACUUCUGUAAGCCCAUUUCCAUUGAAAGAACCUGUCGCUAAUAUACAUGAUAUUCCAGUUCCGGAAUUAUUUGACAAUAUAGAGGAAAUUGUUGGAAAUUUAACGAACCGGAAGGGCACAUGGAAUGAAUUUGAAUACAUCAACCAGUACACCCUUGGUCUUGUCGAAAAAGUUCUUGAAAAUGAUGGAGUGCGUCGAGAGAUUCUGCAACCAGAAAGCCUUCAGUUUGAUCUGAUCAUUGUGGAUCUUUGGCGGCUUGAUGCUCUAUAUGGCUUCGCGGCCUAUUUUGAUGCCCCCAUCAUUGGAAUCGCAUCCUAUGGAACCGACUGGAAGAUUGACGAACUAGUGGGCAAUGUAUCACCAAUAGCAUACCUGCAGUCUCCGUCUUUCAACUGGUUUGAUCUUGACUCCUAUGGAGGACGCCUGGGGCACUUUGUGGAUCAGUCUCUGGCUUGGAUUAACUGGCAUUGGCGGCACGAGGAAAAGCAUGAGGCGCUCUACAGAAAGUACUUCCCAAAAAUUGCCGAUAAACGUUCUCUGUCCGAGAUAACCCGAAACUUCGCCUUGAUUUUGGUUAACCAACACUUUACGAUGGCUCCACCACGUCCAUAUGCUCCCAAUGUUAUUGAAGUCGGUGGUAUGCAUAUUGAUCAACAACCAAAAGCUUUACCCCAGGAAUUUGAGGAUUUUAUCCAGGGGGCUGGUGAACAUGGAGUAAUUUACUUUUCGCUCGGCACCAAUGUAAGGAGUAAAAAUUUGUCUGCAGAUCGCAGAAAAAUAUUGAUUGACACAUUUGCCAGCCUGCCACAGCGCAUCUUGUGGAAAUUCGAUGCUAAGGAGUUGUCGGAUGUACCCUCGAAUGUUCUAAUUAGCCCAUGGUUUCCGCAGCAGGACAUCCUUGCUCAUCCAAACGUAAAGCUGUUUAUUACUCAUGGAGGCUUACAGAGCACAGUCGAAUGUAUCCAUCAUGGUGUACCGAUGCUGGGAUUACCAUUCUUCUACGAUCAGUUCAGAAAUAUGGAACACAUCAAAGCACAGGGAAUAGGUUUAGUUUUAAACUAUCAGGAUAUGACAAGCGAUGAGUUUAAGGUCACCAUUCAUCGGUUGCUGACAGAAAAGAGUUUUGGUGUCACGGCAAGAAGAACAGCGGACAGGUAUCGGGAUCAACCAAUGAAUCCUUUGGAUACGGCGAUCUGGUGGACUCACUACGUCCUACGACACAAGGGAGCACCUCAUAUGCGGGUAGCGGGCAGAAAUCUGGAUUUUAUAACUUACCACAGCUUGGAUGUCUUGGGAACUUUUCUCCUGGCCUUUUUGGCAAUCCUGAGCAUUGUUGGCCUUUGUGUAAUGAAACUGUUGAGGGCUAUCCUAAAGAGUAAAAAGAGUAAUAGAUCACUAAAGCAGAAAGUAAAUUAA